AUGGAACAAGAGACUACAGGACCGAAAGCAGGAGACUCGAUCUUUUACUGCCCAGUUGGGGGACAGCGCCCGCGACGUUCCCGGAGCCCAGGGAGACGCCAUCCUGCGGGAAAGGGUGUGAGCGGCGGGGGUGGCAGGGUUCUCGGUGCUACUCACGCCGGUCCGCCGCCGACAGCGAAGCCCCGGCCUCGCAUCCGCGGCUGGGGCAAACCGGAAUUCGAAAGUGGUCCAGGCCAGACGAGGAACUUCGGGGUGAGCUUUGCACGCCUCAGCCGGCGGCCUGCCGGACCCGGGUUCGAAACCUCCACCUGCUUCCGAAGCCCGCCCUCCAGGUGGCGCACGGCUCGAAGGAGGAGUCCGGAUUUGGCACUGGGCUCUCCGGAGUGCCGCGCCCCGACGAGGGCGAAACUCGCUGGUGGCCGAGCGCGUGUGUCUCUCUGGGUGGCCGAAUCCCCCUGGUGUGGCCAAGGGACCCACGUGGCGUUCCGGGAAGCUCCGCGGCGACCCACAGGCCACCAAGACAGAGUGGGCGCCACCGGGGCGGGCCAACUUAUAUCCUUUUCUUGUUCCUCCAGGCAUCCUGCCAAUACUCAAAACACUUCCCCGCCAGUUUCACACCCCGGGGCCUCGAGACUGGCGACAGGGCAGGUGGCUGAGCCCCGGAAGCAAGCUACGCGGCGCCAACGAAAGCGCACAUGUCGGGCGCGAACAGAAACGGAAAGCACAGCGUGGCUAGAAAAAGCCUCCGGGACACGCACCCCGAACGCCCAAACCAAGCCCCGCAGAUCCCGGGCCCCGGUGCCAAGGCUGGACAGAAGCGAGCCCAGCGGCUUGGCGUUGCGUUAACGCCCAGGGUUCAAACGGCAACUUCCGCGUCCUUGAACUUGUUCCCUGCUCCCAGGAGCAAACACUAACUCUGAAUGUCAGUUGCCUUUGUUCUGUUGCAUUGCACGGUUCAAUAAUAACAGAACGUGUCAAUCAAAUUUUUAAAAACCAACAACGGAUGUGUGCUAUA